CCCAGGACAAAUCCUCGAAUGCUACGCUGGCUCGUCGUUUUCGUGGGCGUCAUCCAAGCAUCUCAGUCUUGGCGUGCAUGUUUAUCAACCGCUGACCCCUCACCUUUUGCUCGGCUGAGUUUGCCCGGCCUCGGGAAUGCAUCCAUAUGCGCUGAUGGGAUGUGUAUAAAAGCAUGCCGUGUCGGCUGCCAAUGAACUCGAUCAAGGGGGUGUUCCACGACUCCAAAGCACUGAAAGAAUAAAGCCGGCCAUGAUGAAGCUUACCGUUGCCCUCGUCCUCGCCCCGCUUGUUGCCGUAUCUGCUCUGCGGCCGGGUGGUGAUAGGGCACCGCGUGAUGACAAGGUCAGCUAUGACGGCUACCAGGUGUACCGUGUGUCGACAGCCAACGCGCCGAGAGAUCUUUCGCGAUUGAGCUCGUUCCCGACCAUUGACCAAAACGGCUUCGUUGAGGUGGCGGUCCCUCCCCAUGAGAUCGAUACCUUCAAGUCGCUGGACCUCGACAAGCAGCUCUUGGACGAGGACCUCGGCAGGCUGAUCAAAGCUGAGGCCACGGCCGAGAAGCCCCCGUUCCUGACCAAGCGCGGCGAGCUGCCCUCGUUGAGCUGGUUUGACUCGUAUCACGCCUACGACGACCACGUCCAGUACUGGAAGGACCUCCACGCCGCAUUCCCGGACAACUCGGAGUGGCUGGACAUUGGGUCGUCGUACGAGGGCCGCAAUAUCUUUGGGCUCCGUCUUUGGGGCGGCGAAGACACGGGGGUCAAGCCCAUCGUCCUAUGGCACGGCACCGUCCACGCCAGAGAAUGGAUCACGACGCUGACCGUCGAGUACCUGACCUACCAGCUCAUCGACGGAUACAAAUCCGGAGACCAGAACGUCACGGCCUUCUUCGACGCCUACGACUUUUACAUUGUGCCCUUCCACAACCCCGACGGCUUUGUGUACAGCCAGACCACGGAUCGGCUCUGGCGCAAGAACCGCCAGCCGCGCUCCAACACGACGUGCGUCGGCACCGACGGCAACCGCAACUGGAACUACGAGUGGGACUACCCCGUCGUGGGCGGCAUCGUUUCCACCAACCCCUGCGACGAGAUCUUCCGCGGCCGGUGCCCCGGCGACACGCCCGAGAACAUUGCCCUCUCGGCCCUCUCCCGCGAGCUGGCCGCCAAGCCCGGCGGCAUCCGCCUCUUCAUCGACUGGCACAGCUACUCGCAGCUCAUCCUGCUCCCCUGGGGCUUCUCGUGCGAGCCCGAGGUCCUGCCCGAGAACCUGCAGGCGCAGCGCGACGUCGGCGCCGGGUAUGCGGCCGCCAUCAAGGCGACGAGCGGGGAGGAGUACCAGGUCGGCCCCUCGUGCGAGGUCCUGUACAACUCGACCGGGUCCGCGAGGGACUUCCACCACGGCGCGCUCAACGCGACGUACUCGUGGAGUGUCGAACUGAGGCCCAAGAGCGGGUCGGGCGGGUCUGGGUUCAUCUUGCCGCCCGAGUUCAUCCUGCCGACGGGCAAGGAGCACUGGGAGGGCAUUAAGUACGUCCUCGGCGUGGUCGGUUAAGGGGGUGGCACGAUGUGUUGAGCCUCUGGCGUUUUCGAGUGUGGACUCGGUUAGCAUGGAGGCAUGUCAGAUUUAGGCUCUAGCUCGGGGGUCUCUUGGGAAAUUCCUUGUGUGUCGUAAUCGAAAUGAGGAAACCGGCGAGUUGUCCAAGAUCUCACUCAGCUCGACGAGCAGGAUACAAGAACAGACAAGG